ACGAGCAAAACUGACAAUAUGGCUUCCUUCUCCUCUUCCUCCACUAGCGUGAUCAUCGUCCUCUUGCUGCUCUUGCCCGUCCUCCUUGCCCCGCCGGCGAGUGCCGUCCCUGUACUUGCUGCAUGCAAGACCGUCGGUGGCGGGAGCACCUACUUCGACGUCACGUUCUGCCUGGAGGCCCUAGGCUCCGUCGGCGGUGGCGGUGUCUACCAAGACCUCGCCGCCGCUGCCGUGGGCCUCCUCGCUACCAACGCCACCAGCACGGAGGCCAAGAUCGGCCGUCUGCUUGGGGAGAGCGGCGUGAAGAUUAAGGCGGGUGACGCGGCCCUGGCGAGGACCCUCCGGUCAUGCCAGUCGCUGUACGGCAGUAUAGUGCACGGCGUUCCUGCGUGCACCGCCGCGGUCAAGGGCGGGAAGUUCCGCGAUGCGACGGCGAUCCUGGAGAAGGCAGCGGCUGCAGCGAAGAAGUGCGAGGAUGGGUUCAGGAAGAGCAACGCGUCCUCGCCGCUGACGGCGGAGGACGAGGACGCGUUCAAGCUCGCAAAGCUCGGCGUCGCAUUGCUCGGUUUCGCUUGA